CACAAACCCACAGGGACAGACUCUGCGCUACAACCAACUAUUCAAAAAGCAUGCAGUGUUUUCUGUAACGCAAAGUUAAAACACUUUUAGACAAACUCUAAUGGAUUUGAUUUAAGAUGACAGUUACGUACUCGAGUAAAGUGGCCAACGCCACGUUCUUCGGGUUCCACAGACUGCUCCUGAGGUGGAGAGGCAGCAUUUACAAACUCCUCUACCGUGAAUUUCUCGUUUUUGUUCUUCUUUACUACAUCCUUAGCUUCAUCUACAGAUGGGUGCUCACAGAUCCUCAGAAGCGUUUGUUUGAAAAGUUGUCUAUAUACUGUGACCGAUAUGCUGAACAGAUCCCUGUCACAUUUGUGCUGGGGUUCUAUGUAACGCUGGUGGUGAACCGCUGGUGGAAUCAAUUCCAGAACCUGCCAUGGCCUGACCGGCUCAUGUUCCUCAUUUCCAGCUGUGUUCAAGGUCAGGACGAACAGGGACGGCUGUUACGGCGCACGCUGAUGCGCUACGUCAACCUCACCUCACUGCUUAUCUUCCGCUCAGUGAGCACUGCGGUGUACAAGCGUUUCCCUACCAUUGACCACGUAGUGGACGCAGGCUUUAUGACAUCAGAGGAGAGGAAAAUCUUUGAGGACCUCAAAUCACCACAUCUGAAAUACUGGAUCCCUGCGGUGUGGUUCACCAAUCUGGCCUCCAAGGCAAGGAAAGAGGGCCGAAUACAAAACAGCGUGGAUCUUCAGACCAUUCUUACUGAGAUGAACAAAUUCAGGACCUGGUGCUCUACUUUGUUUGGAUACGACUGGGUCGGGAUCCCCUUGGUUUACACACAGGUCGUAACGUUGGCCGUCUACACGUUCUUCUUAGCUUGCAUCAUCGGCCGGCAAUUUCUCGACCCCGCUCAGGGUUACCAAGGACACGACAUUGACCUUUAUGUGCCCGUCUUCACAUUGCUGCAGUUCUUCUUCUAUUCUGGAUGGCUUAAGGUAGCAGAGCAGCUCAUAAACCCAUUCGGAGAGGAUGAUGAUGACUUUGAGGCCAACUGGUGCAUUGAUAGGAACCUGCAGGUGUCUCUGAUGGCAGUGGAUGAGAUGCAUAUGAACAUUCCCCACAUGACCAAAGAUAUUUAUUGGAACGAACCUGAUGUACGUCCACCGUAUACCCCAGCUUCUGCAGACUACUGCAUCCCGUCAUUUUUGGGAUCCACUACUGACAUGGGUGUCUCAGAAAUAUUGCAGAAUGAAGACGUCAACGCCAACAACCCCCGGGGGCAGGCCACAGUACUGGGCCGUAUGCGUCGGUUGCUGAGUGUCCAGGAGCCAUUGGAACUGCAAAUUCGUCCGUCGUUCAAGCGCCACUCCAGUGACAUCCCCAGCGUCUUUUCGUUAGGUCCAGACCUCCAUUUUCACCCCAGCAUGGAAGAAAAGAUGCAGGCUCAUUCCAGACUAAACUCCCACACCCACUUUUACCCUCUUUCCACCGUCAGGGAAGUGAGCAGCACCUCACCUUCUCCUGAUGCCUUGAAACGCACUCCUUUUCCCAACAAUUUACCUUCAAUCGUGCUCAGUGAACCACAGGUAGAAGACGUGAGUGACAGUGAAAGUGUCACAGACUCACAGUCCAUGAGGUUUGGACGCUUAUCUCCAGCUAGUAAGAUAAAAGGGAAUCAGCAGUCAGUUCAGGAGUCGAGCCAGAGCUCGAUGAGCACCGCAAAGAGCUUUCCCAGCCCCAAAGAGAGAAGGAAAGAUCUACAACAGACGUCUGGAACUGUAGACUCCAGCAGUCAGGAGAAACAACAGAGUCAAAACCAUGACAGCUGAAAGCUUUAAGUAUUCACACUGAAACCAUUGACACAAACUCACGACUCUGCCAAAGGUAGUAACUCUGAUCCGGAUUUUCCGUAUUGAACCUGGAGUCCAGACACUGUUAGAUGGUGUACAGAAACUCUGAAGUGAGGAAUUUAAAGAUAAUUAUUAAUCAUUGUUCUUAUUUACCAUGUUAUGUUGACGCCAAACAGCUUACAGCAUGCAUCUUUAGUCCGGAGAGGAAACCAGAGAAACCAGUGGAACCCCUGAAGUCAGGGGCGGUUCUAGAGGCGGGGCCACAGGGGCCCUGGCCCCUGCUGAAAUCUGAUUGGCCCCUGAUUGGCCCCCGUUCCAUCAAUUGUCGACGAGAAGAGCAACCCAAGAAUUUUUCGAUCACGAUUUUUCGAUCACGAAAACGAUCACAGAUGCAAUUCCACCCCCAAACAAUUGGCGGCACUCGAGCGUUUGAAAAAGGAACGACUGCCGAAAUGUAUUUGCACCGUACUGAAUAAAUUAUUUUGUGUAUUUUGUGUGUGAAUGUACCUUGUACUUGGCCCCUGAAUGUAACAUGUGGCCCCUUAAAAUCCUAGAACCGCCACUGCCUGAAGUACUGGGAGAACAUGCAUGCAAACUACACACACACAUUUAGGAGGCAGGAAUAACAACCCUAACCCCAGAGGUCUGAGGCAUAACAGACUAACGACUAAUCCACUGUGCCAUAAAAAGAAAAAGAUACUGCAUAUGUCAAAAUAACAACUUGGUAAAUCAGAAUAAUGACACAUCACUUGAACAGAGCAGUUCAGGGCUUCAGAGAUCUUGCAUUUGGAAAGUUGUGUGAUCUGAACCAUAUCCAUGUAGUUGCCUAGGCAUGAAAAAGCUUUUCUUCUGACCAAAAUGACUUGAAUGCACUUGAUGUUAUAAUUACGACUUCCCAGGACAUGAACACAAGGUGUGUCUCGGUUGUGUUGAAACGAGAAUGACUCAUAACUCAUUAGCUGUGGAUUAUGUUCAUUAAAAACUCCAAAACAUCUUAAGAUUAAACUUUUCUCCAUUUCUGCCCAAGUAUUUAAGGUGCAAGUGAA